AUGUGGCUUCUGAAUUUGCUGCUUCCCCUGCUGCUGCUCUUCCUAUUGGAUGUGUGCGACACGCGCAGAAAGGGGAGGAUGCAAGCCACCUUUUUCCUCAACCAUUCUCUCGUCCCAUGGCAACGAAGGAGAUGCGCCUCCAGGGUAGGGAAGGCGGCCAAGGGAAGCGAUCAGGGCGGCAUCGACCAGGGCAUUCAUGAGGGCAUUCAUGAAGAGCCAAACCAAACAGACACAAAUGAGCAAAAUCUUACAAUUAACAAAUUCGAACCGCAGGAUGUCAAAAUAAACUCCAACCUGAACAUAAACAUAUUUCGCACCACCAACGAUACGACCUCUGCAUACGAUGAAGGAAUUUGCAUUUACAACCUCUUAAAAGACAUAGAGGUGAAGGAUGUAAAAAGGGUGCCGGCAUUUAAUCCCAAGCUAGCAAAUGUGCACUUGCACAAGGAAAAGGAUUAUAUAAAGCUUAGCAGAGGUGAGGAAACAGGAGCUCUGUUGGAUAAUCCCCUUAUUUACAAAAACACAAAUUACCAGCUACCCUAUAUACUAAACUACUACCCAGAUGACAUGUUCAUUUUUAAUUUUGAGGGGGUCAUUAAUAUGAAUAAGCAGGAGAAAAUCGUUGUGGCUUUUUUAACUUUUCUUCGUUUAUUUCAGAGGCAGCCUAAGGGGAGCUCCUCACAGGGGUAUCCAUGUCUGCUCUUCAAUGGGAAACCCAUCGAGGGUCUUCCCUUAUACACUUUUGUCCGCUCGAGGAAUUAUUUAUUUAAGGAAGGAGAGACCAGCAGUGAGCAGCCCCCCCACAAUGAUGACCCUUUCAUUUUGUUAAAGCUCAUACCAAAAUUCCUUUACUCGCGCUUUCUUUAUUUGUAUAAAUUUUUAAAAACCACAGAAGACUUAGUGAUGGCAAUUAAGUAUGUCUUUGACCAGGUCGAUGCCAUAUGCACCAAGCACAACUACGACAUUAACGAGAUGCUACGCAUUUGUGAGGAGAAAAACGUCAUGCGGAAGAGGCUACACAAAGUGGGCCACUAUGUACAUGACGACAAAAAGGAUUUUAAACAAGCACAUUCGAAGCAACCCGUGGAGGGAGCGCCCCCAAAGGAAAACAUAACCCCUGCCAACGUGGACCAGCGAGACGAACGAGACCAACGAGAUCAACUACACAUUUACAACCUCGUGAAGGAAUUCACUAAAGGAACGUUCAAUCCGUGUGUCAUAACCAAAUAUAAGAAAAUUGAAAAUUUCACAAACGUCUUCCCUAGCUUCCAUAACGAUUUUGACAAUUUUUAUAAAAAAAAAAUGAACCUGAAAUUGUAUGAACGAUAUAAAGUAGAUCCCACAUGGGUUCGAACCCAAUUUGAACAAACGAGAAAAUUACUCAUGCAAUGUGAGACAGAUGCAUAUAACCACCUGAUGCAGUAUCGGUACCCAUGUGAAACGUUGAGUGAAGAAGAGAGACAGAACCACAGGACGUUUAACUUCUGUGCAGUGGACUUGAUCAAUCAUCACAUUAAUGUUUUUAAAAAACCCAUGUAUGUCGUUUCUACCAUGGAGGGUACAGAUUAUAUUGAAUACACGCUUAAAUUAUUUGGAGUCAACAUUGCUAAUGAGGGGGAUUCUCACCUCUUGCGCAUCUUCGGUAAGGACUACAUGCAGAAGCGGAAACAAUCAGUAGGUGAGGGCGACUCCAACUCAGUCAUGAAGAAUUUAAAGCGGCUCUUAAAGUCACCCUACUUCGGAGGCAGACAGGCUUCUCUCCUUAAGAAUGGACUGCAGGGUGGUGCGCCGGAUGAUUACCUGUACGACCCAUACAACGUGGACCUGGAAUAUUUGAAGUAUGAGCAGAAGACGAAGAAAAGGGACUACCACUUUCUUAACCACAGGUACUACCUAGACAUGCUUAAGGAGAAGUGCAACUUGAUCAACUUCGUUAUUGAAAACCACCAUCGGGGCGAUGAAUCCAUUCAUAUAAUCGACCACAAGUAUGAAGACCUCAAUGCCAUGUGCAAUGAUAGCCGCUUCAGCCAAAAGGUGCGACUGUACCUUUGCGAAUGGGGUUACAACUCUUAUGCAGACCGACUCAAGGCUGUACAUAAUGAUCGCGUGAAAUCCUUCUCCCAAUCGUUUAAACUUGUAUUUUUGUGCUGCACGCCACAGGACAGCCCGCGACGGGAACACACCCACGGACGGGGUUUGCCCACCGACUUUUACACCAAGUUCAUGCUCAAGUACUUCCUCAAAAAGGGGCUCCUCAGCGGGAAGGAGACCGACACGUAG